ACGUGACCCCCACGCGCCCCCCCCGCGCCCCUGCGCGCGCGCUGCGCCUGCGCCCGCGGCCGCCGCCGCGUCCCGUGACGGUGCGCGAGGGAUGCGCGGGGCGCGCGCGGGGCGGGAGCGCGCACGCUGCUGAGCCAUGUCCGGGUUGCUGGAGAGCCUGCGGUGCUCGGAGUGCGUGGACUGGGGCGAGAAGCGCAACACCAUCGCCUCGGUGGCCGCGGGGGUGCUGUUUUUCACGGGCUGGUGGAUCAUCAUCGAUGCUGCUGUGAAGUACCCGCAGGUGGAGGACUUCAACCACUCGUACCACGCCUGCGGGGUCAUCGCCACCAUCGCCUUCCUGAUGAUCAACGCGGUGUCCAACGGGCAGGUGCGAGGGGACAGCUACAGCGAGGGCUGCCUGGGGCAGACAGGGGCUCGGAUCUGGCUCUUCAUUGGUUUCAUGAUGGCGUUUGGGUCCCUCAUCGCUUCCAUGUGGAUCCUUUUUGGGGGCUAUGUGGUUAAAGAAAAACCAGUGGUGUACCCAGGAAUUGCUGUGUUUUUCCAGAAUGCAUUCAUCUUUUUUGGGGGCCUGGUGUUCAAGUUUGGCCGCACAGAGGAUUUGUGGCAGUGAACCCCCCUGGAGGGCCCUGGGCUUUAACUGCACCCCCAAAGUUUUGUAAAACUGUUUUGUAAACCUUCCAUUGUGUCUGAAAUCAAGGAAAGCUGAAAGCACUAAAUCCAGCUCAGUUCUGUUUGGUUUUUUUACUCUUGUACGUCCACUUCAGUGUUGUACUGUUUUUGAGAAAUGUAAAAUUGCUACAAACAACAGUGGAGUCACUUUUCUAAAAUGAUGUUUGUUACAAAUAAAAGGAGAGUUGGAAUAUGGAUGAACUUAA